AUGAGGAAGUGGAGCCCUAAGAAGAUCAGCGAGGCCCCCCGGCCACCUCCCCCCUCCUGCACUUCCAGACCUCCGAAUGCUGCUGAUGUCAUCACCUCCAGCCAAUCAACUGUUAGCUCUUCUGAGGCGAACAGCGUAGCUACCAACGCACAUACUGAGCCUCAAACACACACCUCCACACACACGCAAUGCUCCGACUUCCUCAGUGACCAGCAGUUGCCUUCAGCAGCAGCAUUGCCUGACCCAUCCCCAGAUGUGCCCUUGGAGCGCCCCAGGCCACGCCCACGCACUAGGCUAGCUCGCCAGCCAGUUAGCGACGAGGUUAAAGUUCAGACUUUGGUUAAGCUGCGUGAGGACGGUUUGGCUACGUUAGCGGCGCGUGCAGCCGGCGACUCCACCAACCCAGAGGGGAGCAACGGGAAGUACCUGCAGGAGCUGCUGGAGGCGUUCAGCUCCGACGACUGGGGCUUCCCUGAUCACUGCAGCGACGACAGCGAGCGCAGCCAAUCGGAGAGCGAGGACGGAGCGGAGGAAGAGGACAUGGCGACUCUGAGAGCGAGGAUACAAGCGUUCGAGCAGCAGGUCGCUGAUGAGAGCUGUGGAGACUUCAAUACUGGGAAUGUUGAGGGUUUCGCUGUCACAAAAAGACCAGAGCCUCGACCUCGGCCUCGUCUCCAGGGGCAACCGGCCAAAUCGACCCCACCUGUCAUCGCUCCAAAGCCCAAAAGCUUUUCACCUUCCCCCAAGCCCUCCAGCAAGGUAUUCUGGGAAGACGAAGGCGUUGCUGUGGAAUCAGGCAGCGUAGAAACGGCAGAGUCAAACCCUGAAGCUCCGUCUUCUGCAGAAGCAUCAAAAUCUGAUCCAGGGUCAGACAUCAAACCUUCCCAAACCCCUGAAAAGCCCGCCAUAACUCCAAAACCACAGACUGUUACAGAACCGCUACCAUCAAGCGCCCCAGUCCCGGCUCCCAGGCCGCCUCCACCCAAACUCACAUCCUCCAUCAGCAGUGACUCCUUCCCCCCGAACCCAGGACCUCCAAAGAGGCCUCCAGUCGCCCCCAGAGCUAGCCUGGGCGCGCCGCCGCAGAGUGGAGGUGAAGCUACGCAGAACACUGUGACCCAAACUGUGAAAGGAGGAAGUAUCCGUUCCACCGUCAAACCGGCAGCACCAACUUCCCCUCGCAGAGCCAGCGCUCCUAGUCUGGCCCCCAAACCGACUGCAGUACCACCGGCGUGUCCAGAUCCAAACCCAGUCCCUCUGAAACCUGCAGCGGUCGGUCCUGCUGCACCCACCAAGCCUCCAGGACCGCCCAAACCCCCGACUCCGGCUCCGGCCCCCGCCAUGAGGAAAGCCUCCGUUCCCCAGGCCAAAGCUGAAGCUAGCAUCCCUGCUAACCCAGCGUCUUCUGGGCCAACUCUCCCUCAGCGUCCACCAAGUGUUAAGCUCCUCCCUCUACGUCCUCCACCAAUCAAAUCCGCCCCCAGCAGACCGCCUCCCCCUGCAAUAAACUCCUCAACCAAUCAGAUCGCUGCUGCCAAAGCUGUACCUGCUGAGCAGUUUUCAUCAGCCAAUCAGAUGCAGACUCAGAGGGUGUCGAAGAAAGGACCGCCUCUGCCUCCUCGUCCCAAACCUGGACACCCUCUGUACAACAGCUACGUGAAAGAGGAAGUCCUGAUUGUUCUGGACAAUCCAAAACCUGCUCCUGCUGAUUCGCAGCAGGCAGGUGAAGGGACGGAUCAGAGCAGCGUUACAGCCGACAUCAGCCCGUCUCAGUGUCUCCUGGACCUGGACACCCAGCCAGAGACGGUCCAACAUCAGGACGGCGAGUCAAAAAUGGCCAUAGAAGACCUCAACCAGUCAGACUUCCAGUCCAUUCUGCCUGUCCAGCCUGCUGAGCUCAAAGAGCAGCCAGACCCUCCUGCUGUCAGCGGCCCGCGAUGCGUCGCUCUGUUUGACUACGAGGGAGAGGAUGACGACGAGCUCACCUUCUCUCAGGGCGACGUCAUCGGCCUCCUGGAGCUGGUUGGCGAGGAGUGGGGCCGGGGCCAGAUCCACGGCCGAACGGGAAUAUUCCCACUCAACUUCAUGGAGGUGGUGGAGCCCCUUCCAGAGCCGACGCCGGGAGAAACUUCUAAACAGGAGGCAGCAGAGACCGGAGAAACGGAAAGCUCUGCAACACUAAAACAACCAUCAGAAUUAAAGACAGACGAGUGGGUGAUGGCUCUGUUCGACUUCCCGGGUCAGACUGCAGAUGACUUGUCCUUCCAGAAGGGGGCGCUGAUUCAAGUGACGGAGCAUGUCGAUGCAGAGUGGAGGAGAGGACGACUGGAUGGGAGGGAGGGACUUUUUCCUGCUGCUUUCACACAACCCAGUCAGGCUCAGCCAAUCACAGGCCAGCAGACUGCAGCUAAAGGAACGGCUAAAGCUGUGUUUGAUUUCACAGCAGAGAGCGAGGAUGAGCUCACACUGAAGGUGUGCGAUUUGAAAUUACUGUUUUCCUAGGAUUAAAUCCUCUGC